AUGGUUGGGAUGGACGCUAUCAGCGCGCUCCUUCAGACGGGAUCAUGGAGGACCUCGCGCUCAAAGAGUCAGAACCCCUAUUCUCGAACUCCCCGUCGUACCGAUCCGCUCUCCGAGCUGGAUAUUCACAUUGACAAACCCUUGGAACGACGACGCAUCCAGCAAUUGCCCCCGCCUACUGUUGAAGACGAGGCGGAUUCUCUAGCCAAGGAAUAUGGAAGUCCGUCGGUCAUUAGUUCUUAUGAGGAUGAACCUCCCAAUCGAGGAGAAAUUGAUCAGUUAAUCCUUAUGGAGCCGGUUUUGGAAAAUAAUCCAGAGCGCCGCUUCGUGGUUGUCACGGGCCCAGGGGCCGGAAAAGAGAGCGAACCAGCACCUAGCAUUGUUGAGACAACACCACCCGUUACCUCUACUGACACAGCCCCAAUAGGGGAGACCAAUGAUUGCAAGAAGUUUGUUCUCGUUCCUUCAGAUGAGAUAAAAGAUGGAGACAAGCAAGAGGAAAAGAAAGAACCGGAACUCGCAAAGCGAAAGAGCCAUCAGGAUCUGCCACGGUUGGAUACCCACGUUCAAGAACCAGACAGCAAGGACGCUCCCAAUGAACCACCGAGUGACCGACAAAGCCCAGAGAAGUCUCCUGUCCAUCAGGAUGAUGGCAAAGCGGCUCGUAUCAAACGAUCAGGCAGCCGCAGGCGCCCAGAAGCAUGUGUUGAUGAAGAGGAUACCAAGAAAGCAUCUUUGAAGCGAGCAAGCAGCCGUCGGCGCCCAGAGAUUCCUCCUGACGUCCAAGACUCUGCGGAUACUUCUAUCAAGCGAUCAAGUAGCCGGAGAUACAGAGAGCGGCCUACCGACCAGGAUGCUAAGGAGUCUCCUAUCAAGCGAUCAAACAGUCGGAAACCCCGACAUCGACCACUUCACGAUCAAGACUUUGAAAUCACUGCUGAUUCUCCUGACAAAGUUAACCCAGGAGCAAGCGAAUUUUCUGCUAGCGUCGUCACCCAAACGGCGGGUGGUAGGGAGCGCCGACCGCGUCACGAGCGCAUGGUCUCAACACCUGACGUGCCUCGAAUCGACUCCAGAUCCCUUGAGCUUGAAGGACCUGGAAUAGCUCCGCUAUCGAUGUACCGAUAUAAUGACGCAGAUGACGCCAUGUCAUUCAUGGUACAGGAAGUUGUCAUCCCCGAUCAUGAUCUGACCAGAAAGUCUUCACCGCCGAGGACAAGCCGCAAAGAGAGCCCGCCACCGUAUCCUUCAGUUACAGAACGGAAGAGGAUGCCAAGUCAGUCUGCUACUAACAGAAGGCGUCGCAACUCCAUGGCUGCCCCUCGUGAUCGCAGAGAAUAUCCAAUCGGUGAUGAUCCUCGUUAUCAACAGUUAGACCACCAUGAACAGCCCCAGCCGUUCCGCCCUGCGGUCGAAGAAGACGCUUCACUGAUGGCCCUGAAACAUCGUUUGGGCGCAGUGGAUAUUGGUUCAGAGUCCCAAGAUGUGGUACCUCAUCCUUCCGCUCUUGCACUGAGACAGCAGGACCAGUUCUCGGAGGCUAGUGAUCCAGGAAGCUCGAGAAGCGCUACAUUCUCGGCUGAGGGGGAUUACAGGAGGGGUAGGGCCGGUACCUACUCUUUGACGUCUUCCCCUCCUAACGGUAGACUGGUACCCCAGAGAGAAGAUGAGAGCAGUCCGAGGACCAGGCGGCGGGCUCGUUCGCGGACGAUGGGUACAAAUCCCUAUUCCAACAGCUCUCCAGUUUUGUCUGUGCAGGGUUAUCAUUCUUCAAAUGGGAGCAAUGCGCUUGCGAAAGUCUCUUCACCCUUGGCAUCUCCAUCUCUUACACGACAAGAUCUCGUCAGCACCAGACCAUCAGCAUCUUUCUGGGAUCAGAAUCCAUUCGAACCUGCGGGCCGUAGAGCUCCAAGCGCCAGACCGAUCCUCUCCUUCCGGAAAUAUUCAGAGGAGGUCCAACAGGGGCUAACACCUCCACUGCCCGACUGCCCCUGGCAAAUUCCUGGUUUACCGUACAGUAGAAAUCCAGGCGACCGCUUUUGGAUCCUUCGCGGGGCCGAGAAUUUCUUGGUAUGUCCUCAUUGCCACUCGGAGCUCUUUGCCAAUAGCCAGUUCAGACUCGAGUUCGUCGCCACAUCCUUACGACCCGACCAGCCUGUUUUGUGUCACCUUGGCUCUUCUUUCUGGUACCGCAUGGCAUAUUUAAUGACACUCAAGCAACGCUUGCCAGACCUGCAACUCAUACGAAACGUAGCUACGGUUUCAGGGCGUCAUCCGCCAUGCAGUGGACCUCAGGAGACAGCCCGCAAGUGGUACGGGAUGUGGGAUUCGUAUAAAGGGGACUUUGUGCCCCUUUUCGAAGUCUGCGUGGGCUGUGUGAAGAUGCUGGAGGCAGUGUUGCCGAACCUGGCCAAUACGCUAUAUCCGAUAAGCCCAGAGCCAUUCAUAGCCUAUUGCCAACUUCACUACGCACCUGGCAGGAAAAGAUUCAUAGAAUACUUCGACCUUUUCGAGAUGACUUCGGAUUACGCACUCAGCCGCCAAGCCGCACCCGACAUUCGUGAUCUCGCGAACAGACUGCGCCGAAUCGCUAGAGUCAAAGAAUGCCCGCCGUGCCCAAAAGACCAGGCCCUCGUUGGCGCCUAUUGGCAUACCAUGAAUUUUCUCCCCAAAUUCACAGUGUGUGAGGAAUGCUACAGAGAAGUGGUCAAGCCUAUGCUUGACGCCGACGAUCGCAGGAGCGAUAUCCCUUGGAACUUCCUCCCCGAGAGACUUGUAUCCAAGUCAAUAGCCUCCUGUCAGCUCUCUAGCGAACGCAUGCGGGAAGAGUUCCGCGAGGCAUGCCGGCUCAAUGAUUUUGGUUAUCUUGACGGCAAAUAUAUAGAAAGACUGGGAAGUUUAUUGACACCCGUGUCUAGAGGUGUGUGGUAAGGAAAGGGUAUGCUGCGGCAAGACUAGGGGUUUAGGGAGAAGGAUAGACAAAGCUGUGUUUGUACUGGAAGGGUUGAAUAUGUGGUAAACAGGGAGUGUUUAAGAGGUCCAUAACAUGGCAGUGAUGGAUCAUGAUGGACAUGAGCGAGAAGGUAAAAGUAACAGUGAGAUUUGCCGGAUGAUACUACUUUUAUGAUACCAUGGUAGCUUGGGGUCCAUCCCGUAAGGCGUCAAAAAGGAUAGGUUAGACAAGGUAGUGGAGGACAUCAAAGCAAGGAGCAUAUU